UUUCAAUAACCCUUCUUGUCCUUUCCACGCACAGCGAGACGAAGCUGAGUGCGGAGAGGAACGGAGAUAAUGGAAGACGACGAGAUAGAGGAAGGGAUGGUGAUAGAAGAUGAUGAGCAGGUAGCGCCUCCACCGCCAAAGAUAGAGAAAUCGGCAUAUGAUAUGCUUCGAGAUAGCAAAGCUUCAGUCGAAAAGAUUGUGGCCAAAAUGCUUGCUAUGAAGAAAGAGGGCAAACCCAAAUCCGAGCUCAAAGAAAUCCUUACGCAAAUGUUCCUUAAUUUCGUUAAUCUACGUCAGGCGAAUCGGUCGAUUUUGCUACAGGAGGACCGUGUUAAGGCAGAAACAGAGCGUGCAAAAGCGCCUGUUGAUCUCACGACUCUGCAGCUUCAUAAUUUAAUGUAUGAGAAGAGUCACUAUGUUAAAGCUAUAAAGGCUUGCAAAGAUUUCAAAUCGAAGUAUCCUGAUAUCGAACUUGUGCCUGAAGAAGAAUUUUUGCGGGAUGCACCUGAAGAUAUUAAAGGGCAAAAGCUGUCCAGUGACAUUUCGCAUGAUCUGAUGCUAAAGAGGCUUAAUUAUGAGCUCUACCAGCGCAAAGAACUGUGUAAACUUCGUGCAAGAUUGGAACAACACAAGAAAAGUCUGCUGGAAACUAUUGCAAGCCGGAAAAAGUUCCUGUCAACUCUUCCUUCACACCUCAAGUCUCUUAAGAAAGCAUCCUUGCCAGUACAGAACCAGUUGGGCCUCCUGCACACUAAGAAACUAAAGCAGCACCAUUCCACUGAGUUGCUUCCACCUCCACUCUACGUUCUCUACUCACAGUUGUUGGCACAAAAAGAAGCAUUUGGAGAAAAUAUUGAGCUGGAAAUUGUGGGGAGUUUGAAGGAUGCUCAAGCUUCAGCCCGCCAGCAAGCAAAUAAGGAUCCUGGCCUAUCUUCCAGUGUAGAGAGCUCCAGAUUGGAGGAUGAUGCACCUGAUGAAGAAGAUGAUGGCCAGAGAAGGAGAAAACGUCCAAAAAGGAUUUCAAGCAAGGAGGGUAUCGAUCAGUCAAGAGUAUAUCAAGUUCACCCACUUAAGGUCCUCCUUCACAUAUUUGAUGAUGAGGCGUAUGAUCCCAAGUCUGUAAAACUCAUCACUUUGAGGUUCGAAUACAUGUCAAAGUUGAAUGUUGUAUGUGUUGCAAUUGAAGGAUCUGAAAACGAUAUAUUAUGCAACUUGUUUCCUGAUGACAUGGGUGUUGAGCUUCCUCAUCAGUCAGCAAAGCUCCUUGUUGGUGAUGGUCCAGCAUUUGAUGAAAACAGAGUUUCCCGACCUUAUAAGUGGGCUCAGCAUUUGGCAGGAAUCGAUUUUUUACCCGAGCUCCCACCAUUGUUUACUGGCCAAGAACCUAGCACUGAGAGUGCCAAAAGUGACACUGUUGUAUCUGGUCUGCAAUUGUAUCGCCAGCAGAACCGGGUACAGACAGUUGUGCAAAGAAUUCGCUCUCGAAAAAGGCUCAGCUGGCUCUUGGAACAGCUUGAUUUACUUACAAAGCUAAAAUGGCCUGCUCUGGAUUCUGAAAGUGUUCCAUGGGCACUGCAUACUCCUUUAUGCAGUUUGUAUGAAUGGUCAGCCAUAGGGCCCCUAUGUAAUCAGAUUUCAUCUCUGCCUGUCAAUAGCAUCGAACAGUCACAGGAACCUGUAGAUGUUGGUAUGGAUGGAAGAUCUGGUCCAUCAAGGGAAGAGGCAGAAGGUGCAAGGGAAGACGGGGAGCUUCCCUCUUUGGUUUCAUUUGCAUCUUCUGCAAAUGAUAUUAAACUCAAUCCAAACAAAGGACCUAACCUGGAGCAUUCCAGGCAAUUGACUUUAAUAUCAAAGAGCACUAUUUCUCCCCUGGGAAAAUCACAGAGUUUCAAGAAAUAUGAUGACUCAGAUCUCAUGCUGGAUAUUGAUUGUGAUCUAGAUGAACCAGCACCAAGUGAGGUGGAGAUAGAAAAUGCAGGCUCUGGUGAAUUUCAUGAAAGAGCUGACAAUUCAUGGAUGGACUAUGGGGUCAGAGAAUACUAUCUUACUUUAUCCAGGAAAAUGGAUGCAAAGGAGAAGGAUGUGAAAUUGAAAGCAAAGAUCAAGAUCAGCAGGGAGUAUCCCCUGAGGCCUCCUCUUUUGGCAUUGAGUCUCCAUGCUUGUUCUGAAGAAGAUUAUGAUGACAGCAAUAACUCUGGGGGAUAUAAUGAACUCCGUUCAAUGGAAGCAGAGGUCAAUCUUCAUAUGUUAAAGAUGGUAUCUGUAGAUCAAGAGAACUAUAUAUUAUCUCAUCAACUGCGCUGUCUUGCAAUGUUGUUUGACUAUUACAUGGAUGACGGUUCCCCAUCAUCUGAAGUGAAAAAGAGUAGUUCAGUGAUUGAUGUUGGAUUAUGUAAGCCAGUUAGUGGUAAGCUUCUUGCUAGGUCAUUUAGAGGAAGAGAUCGAAGGAGAAUGAUAUCAUGGAAGGACACGGAAUGUGCCUCAGGGUUUCCAUGCUAGAAUUAAACAAUAUUAAUUCCCUGCACUUUAGAAGUUUAUUAGGGAUACACAUAAUCUCGAAACUGAUUAUAUCCAGCUGUUUCUAGGUUCUGCAGUUGCUUGAUAUGCAGCUUGCAUGAUAUGAUCUUAUAUGUUUGACCUUAAUUAGUGACCCGCAUAGUUUCACUUUGUUUCUGUAAUGGGAGGACUGGUCUGAAAUUUUGACUCCCUGCAAAUAUGGAUCUCAGAAUUCAUCGUGCCAGCUUGGAACCACUAGAGUAGUGCUUGUCAGAUGGAAUGGCUGAAGUGUCUCAAACUUGUUAGAGCUAAGAAAUUUCCUUGUGUGCCCGUUGAACUCCCAGAUUCAGAUAUUUGUUUGUCGUUUAAAACUGUGGUGCAGCCUAUCUGGGCAAUUCUUUUCCAA